AUGUUAUAUGAGCUAAUUGCAGUCGUCCGACCGGGCAACCUCGCCGAGGUAAAAGAAAUCGCACGCACAGCCGGUUCCCUCAUUCUCCGCAGUGGUGGCACGAUUAGGGGCCUUAACAACUGGGGUGUCUUCAACCUCCCCAAGAAGACCCGCAAGCAUCAAGCACAAUAUACAAACGGACACUACUUCGUCAUGCGCUUCGAUGCCUCUUCCAAGAUUCAGGAUGAUGUACGGAUGACGUUGGGAUUGGAUCCGCGGAUGAUCAAGUUUAGUAGUGUCAAGUUGGGGGAUGGGACGUUGGAGAGCUUGAGUCGGAUUUCGGGCAAUGUGGAAUGGAAGAACAGGGAGGAGUUCUGA